AUGGCGAAGAUUAAGAUGAGAGAAACAUUCAUAUCCUACUACAUGCUCCCUAUCCUCCUCCUCCUCCUCCUCCUCACGGUGGAAACUCACGCGCACAACGUCACACGCCUCUUAGCAAACCACCCUUCUUUCUCCUCCUUCAACCAUCUCCUUACCAAAACUCACCUCGCACACGAAAUCAACAAGAGAAACACCAUAACCGUCUGCGCCGUCAACAACGCCGCCAUGUCAGAAAUAACCUCCAAAGGCUACACCAUCUCCACUCUCAAAAACAUCCUCUCCCUCCACGUCCUCGUCGACUACUACGACGCCCUGAAAUUCCACCAGAUGGGCCCCGGCUCAAUUCUCGCCGCCACUCUCUUCCAAGCCAACGCUCCUGGAGCUAGAGGAUACGUCAAUAUAACGAUUAAGAGAGGCGGAAAAGUCGGUUUCCGCCCUGACGGCGGAAACUUAUCUUCCUUCUUUGUUAAAUCCAUCAAAGCGCUUCCGUAUAACAUCGCUGUUAUCCAGAUCAGCAGGAUCUUAGGGUCGCAUGCCGCGUCGGCUCCCACUACGACGGCUCCCACUACGGCGGAGAUGAAUCUCACAGGAAUAAUGUCCGCUCAUGGCUGUAAAGUGUUCGCCAAGACUCUUCUCUCUAACCCCGGAGCUUCAAAAACAUAUCAGAAAAGUGUAGAAGAAGGCAUGACAGUGUUCUGUCCAAGAGAUGACGCCAUGAAAGGAUUCUUGCCCAAAUACAAGAACUUAACGUCUCUCAAGAAAAAAGCUUUCCUCGAUUUCCUCGCUGUUCCGACUUACUACUCAAUGGCGAUGCUCAAAUCCAACAAUGGUCCAAUGACCACACUUGCCAAAUAUGGAGCCAACAAGCUCGAGCUCACUGUACAGAACGAUGGAGAGAAAGUUACCCUCAAGACAAGGAUCAACACUGUCCAAAUCGUUUGUGCUCUGAUCGAGAAGCAGCCAUUGGCUAUCUAUGCGACUGAUAAGGUUUUAUUGCCUAAAGAACUGUUUAAGGCUCCAACUCCGGCGGCACCGGAGGACGGUGAUGUUGCGGGUUCUCCAAAACCGGCUGAAGGGAAAGCGAAGGGGGACAAAGAGAAGGCUGCACCGUCGUCUGAUGAGUCGGAUUCGCCUGCGGAAGGGCCUGAUGAAGAGGCGGAUGAUGGAACUGCUGAUGAGGCUAGUGCGGCUAGGAUCUUGGGAGGAGCUAAGGCUGGUUUGGUGGUGAGCUUGUUUGCUUCUUCUUGGCUUCUUCUAUAG